GCCCCUGGGGCGGAUCCAGCAAGCCCUGUGGUCCGAGAGCCUAGCGAGCAGCCGGGUGGGCUGAGGGGGCGGCGGCAGCGUUGGAGCCGGGGAAGUUUGGGAGACGUGGCCCCAUCUGCGAUCCUGAGCACCCCUCAAGCUCCGAGGACCGCGGGGGCAGGCGGACCCGCUUCCCGACGCCCCCGGGCCCGCAGCCGUCAUCUCGUGCUCUCUUAGCUGGUAAGGGGGUUUCUAUCUGGAAAGGGAGGUAUUUAGGCAUCUAAAAUGUCAUCUGUGAAGCCCCUAGUUUAUGCAGUUAUUCGUUUCUUGCGGGAACAAAGCCAGAUGGAUGCUUACACUUCUGAUGAACAAGAAAGUUUGGAAGUUGCAAUCCAGUGUUUGGAGACCGUCUUUAAGAUCAGUCCCGAAGAUACACAUCUGGCCGUUUCACAGCCUUUGACAGAAAUGUUCACCAACUCCGUCUGUAAGAAUGACAUACGGCCGCUUUCUAACUCAGUGCCCGAAGAUGUGGGAAAGGCCGACCAGCUGAAGGAUGAAGGCAAUAACCACAUGAAAGAAGAAAACUACGCGGCCGCGGUGGACUGUUACACGCAGGCAAUAGAACUGGAUCCGAACAAUGCCGUUUAUUAUUGUAACAGGGCGGCCGCUCAAAGCAAACUAAGUCACUACACAGAUGCAAUCAAGGACUGUGAGAAAGCCAUCGCAAUUGAUUCAAAAUACAGCAAGGCCUACGGAAGGAUGGGGCUAGCUCUCACUGCCAUGAAUAAGUUUGAAGAGGCAGUUACAAGCUACCAGAAGGCACUGGAUCUUGAUCCUGAAAACGACUCCUAUAAGUCAAAUCUGAAAAUAGCAGAGCAGAAGUUAAGAGAGGUAUCUAGUCCUACAGGAACUGGGUUGACCUUUGACAUGGCCAGCUUGAUAAAUAACCCGGCCUUCAUCACCAUGGCUGCAAGUUUAAUGCAGAACCCUCAAGUUCAGCAGCUGAUGUCAGGGAUGAUGACAAAUGCCAUCGGAGGACCUGCUGCUGGAGUUGGAGGCCUAACAGACCUGUCUAGCCUUAUCCAAGCGGGGCAGCAGUUUGCACAGCAGAUACAGCAACAGAAUCCUGAACUCAUAGAGCAGCUGAGAAAUCACAUCCGGAGCAGAUCCUUCAGCAGCAGCACUGAGGAACACUCCUGACUUGACCAGGACCCUCGCCCCAGUACAAACAUCCCGACAUGUACACUUGUAGAUAAUAGCCAAAAACAAAGUAACAAAAACCACCCUGUACAAUGUCUGAAAAUAACGAGGAAAGUCUCCUGUGUAAACCUGAGAACAUACAUCUGUUUAGGUAAUAGUUUAUCACAAGCAGACUUGAACAUAAUACAGACUCCUCUGGAAAGAAAUGGUCAGUAACCUUGUUAAGGGCAAAUACAGCCUUGGGACAAGGGUCCAUCCAUUUUAAAACUUUUAUCAUCCUAUUUGUAUAUUAGACUUAGCACAGAGUAUAUUUAUUGAAUAGUAGGGCUAUUUAUUGGAAAGUUCUUUAGCCACAGGUUUCCCUAGGCAGUGGUUUUGAGUGGGGUGAUGCUGGUUUAGAAGACAUGUGCUUGGUAGCACGUCGGGAGAGAAGCGUUGGCAUGUGCUACCGUCAGUGACACGUGUCUGUCCAAAGGGAUUCUUUGGAGAUACUGUGAAUGUACAGAAGCAAAGGUAGUAUGCUCAGGUUUUCCGCAUAGGUUUUUUAACUAAUCUUGUCUGUAGCUUCGUGUUGCUAGCAUUCGCAUGGCCAGUUAAGUACAUAAUGAAACGUACUUAGAAAUCCUUAAUGACACCGGUCAGGUCGGUGACAUGGCUGCUCCGUUUAACUAUCACAGCUUACCGGUCACAAUUUCAUUUCUGCUAAGCUUACCGAGAGCAGUAUCUAGUUACAUUUAAAGAAGCCACUGACAUGUCCAGAUUAUGGGUUUCCUAAGUGGAAUUUAAUUAUGUGCCCAUCAAUGAUGAUGACGAUUAUUUUUUACUUUACCAUUAUUUGAUGGCUAACAAAAGCAUCUGUCUCUAACACUGCUCUUUUGUGUACUCCUUCGGGGCAGUUGGCUUGGCAUGCCAGUCUUACACUUCACUUCACUUUGUUGCAAUUUAAACAUAACAGGAGACUUGAAAUACCUUAUUUAAAGUCGGAUGCCAUACCGUGCAUCUGGCAUGUGGUUAGUAGGAAGAAAUGGCGUGAGAGAUGAAUGGUGGGACUCUCGGUGCACUGACGGAUGAGAAAGCUCAUUCCAAACGGAACUGGCUUCCUAACCAAAAACGUGAUCGAAUGGGGCUGGUGUGUAAUUACAAGUGCUGAGGGGAAGGUGAGGAAUGAAGCAACUUAAAAUUAAUGAGGGGAUGGUGCCUUCCCACACCGUCCCCAAAGCUGCUGUGUGUUUAGUAUCUUGAGGUUUCAAAACUAACCUUUCCUUCCUUUGCCUUUUCUGAGACAGUGGUCCCGUAAUUCCACUAUAAAUAUCAAGUGAGGGGAAUUAAUUCCAAAUUCUGGUUAAUAGUCAUAUCAUCAUGUUUGGCUUAAAUCACCAUUUUAGACAUUACACUGUGCAGUUAGGAUUCAACUGUAGAAUAAGAGAAGCCAGAGGUCUCUCUUCAGAUAGCCCUGGGCCUGUGGCACAAACGAGAAACACAGUUCUAGUGGAGAACAGGGCUUACGUAGGAGGGCCUGACAUUGAACUGUGCCGUGCGAGCUGUUCCACUCAGCACCUAGUGUUCUUUACAGAGAAGAGCACUCAUUGGUUGCAUAAAAGUAGAGAUCAAAGAAAAAGAAAAACUGACACAAGUCAAAAUGAGUCAGCCGGUGUGGAGCAUGAAUUAAGUUCAGUAAAACUGGUGAGUCCUUGGUGCACCAACUAGGAGACAGAAAACACAAACUCACAGACAAGAAGUGAGUGACGGAGUGCCGUCGGACACCAGGGUUUCCAUCCCACCUCUGCACUGGAAAGAAACAAGUAGGGACAAAGAGUAGACACACCACCAAACAAUUCCUGGGGCUGUUAAAGGACAACCGGAGGGACGGGGGACACAGAUCAGUGGAGAGUGCUUGUCUAACAUGUGUCAAGCCCUGGGCUACCCUUCCCAUGAAGCCCUGGGCUACCCCUUCCCUAGAACUGCCUGCAACAGGAAUGGCGGUGUGCACCUGGAGUCCCAGCAUGUGGGAGGUAGAGUCAGGAUCAGGAAUUCAGCAUCACUCUUGGCUACACAGUGAGCAUGAUGCUAGCAUGGGCUAUAUGAAUCCUGUUUCAAAAACCAAAAACAUCCCAGUAGAAAACAAAACAGCCCAAAUAACAACAAAAUGGACAAUUAGAAAAAAAUUUCAGUACCUUCCAGGAAAAAAAGGCUCAAAUGAUUUCAGGGGUCUCAGGAAAGAAUAAUAUCCCUUCUCUAUAACUCUCUCGUUGACAAAGGAACAGGUCCCAACUCAUUUGAGCAGUAAUACUCUCAAGAAUUAACAGCUUUGGAACACUGUCUUUAUGUGCUAAUGCCCCUGGCUGAAGGCAUUCUUACGUGAAAUACAGGAACAAAGAAAUAGACAGCUGGAUGUUGCCUCCCAUUUCCACAGAUUUUCCUUCUAUUCAGGACACCCUUUACUCUCUAGGUCUGUCCAUCACACUGAAACCAUCACAUUGCAAGCUAUCUCAAGACUUUUUCUGUGUGGUCUGAUUGUGCUCGGUGUCUUAAAAGUUUAAGACACUUCCCCUGUAUUCUUCCCCUUGACCAGGAAAUACACUCGCUAAGAGAAACAGGGCAUUGGGGACUUGCAGAUGUUCUAAUUGUGAAUGGAGUAGUGGACGCUGUUACCAUGCUAUGCAAAACCCAACGUGCCCUUUUUCGGGAAAUGGAAUUUUCAUUUACUGUAUCAAACCGUCAGUCCAGUUUUUAUACUAGUUGGCUCAGAUCCUAAGACGACAUUAUCUAUCCUUUAUUUAAAGUAUAAAUAGUACACAGCUAUGUUGUCUAUGCACAGAAGAGACUUUGUACCUCAAAGUACACAGCAGAAUAAGUUGUACAUUCUGACUGAAUCAAAGAGUGGUUCAGCCAUGAGGGGAUGCUGAUAAUGACGACGUCUCCAGUCUGUCAUCCUAAAGGAACAGACCUCAGUUCUCACUGCUUGUCUUUUGUUUUGCACAGACAUUCAUCAAUCAUGACUAAUGUGAGGGGCAAGUCUUCUGAAUAUACCUUUCAUUUUGGACCAAACAAUUUGCCAUGGCAAUAAAUAAUUAUGCAUUUAAGAAAA